AUGGACGAUUUAGAUGCUUUGCUAGCAGAACUGGAGCAGAGCUCCUGCCCAGCCUCCAAGGACUGCGAGGUGCAGGCACUAAGCUCCUGCAAGCAGGAUCCAGCCACAGCUGUAUUCCCAGCCCCCCAUGGCUAUAAGCCACUUGCCUUGACAGCCCUGAAGCCGCUGCCACCCUUUCCUCCACUCACUGCAGCUACCCAGCAGGUUCUGGAGGAUCUGGGCCACAUGCAGAGCAAGGAGCUCGGCAUCACAGUCACCACCCCCACUGGCAUCUGCACCACCUGCCACAAGCCCAGCGCUUGCAAGGUGCUCACAGCCCUGGGCAUAACCUGGCACCCUGAGCACUUCACCUGCACCUACUGCAGGCGGAAGCUGGGUGGCCAGCCCUUCUUCGAGUGGGGUGGAUGGGCAUUCUGUGAAGACUACCACCAGGAGUUCUCCCCCUGUGCUUACUGUGCUGGCCCCAUCCUGCACAGAGUCCUGAUGGCCCUAGGCCAGACCUGGCACCAAAACUUCUUCUGUGCCCACUGCAGGAAGGUGUUUGGAGAUGAGAGUAAGUCCCAGAGGAACACUGUGGGGGGUGGGAAGCCAUCCUGACACUGGGAGUUCCUGGACAUGUUUGCCCCAAAAUGCCAAGGCUGCAAGUGCCCUGUCAUCAACAAUUACCUGUCAGCCCUGCAGGGUGUCUGGCAUCCCAAGUGCUUCAUGUGUGCAGUGAGUGGGCAUGGGCUUGCUGGUGGCUCCUUCUUUGAGCUAGAGGGUCGGCCCUACCCAAAGCUGCACUUCCACCAGCAGCAGGGCAGCAUCUGCCACAGCCACAGCUGUGUCACGGUUGCGGGGCGCAAAUACCAUCCAGAGCACUUCAUCUGCACCUACUGCCCAUGCCAGCUGCAGAAAGGCACCUUCCAAGCAAGCAACAAGAUGUACUGCCAGGCCUGCCAUGACAAGCUCUUCCUCCGACUUCUAGCCCUCCUGUAUACAGUUAGCCUUUCUGCCUGGCUGGGUGUCCCUAGUACUGUCCAUCCCAUCAACAUCCCACACAGCAAUGUCACUGGCACUGGUCCAAAUGUCCCCGGCAUUGUUACUGCCAAGCCAGACAUCGCAAGCAUUUCUUGUCCCCCUGCCCUCAAGACAUUCCUGGCAUUGUCCCUGCCAAGUCCUGGGUACUGUCCCCCUCACCCAAAGCAAUAA